GACGUUGGUGUGUAGCAUUGUCAGCUGCCAGCCACGCCCAUUCAGUGUGUUUCAUCGUUGUCAGUGCUUGGCGAAAAGGAUUGAGUGGUGUUAGUACGGCAGCAAAGGAGUCAGAGACCAGAAGAUACGUCAUCUCUGGCUCACCCUGACAGCGACAGCAUAUCAAUUCAAUUGGAAGCUACCUGAGAGAUGGCACAGAAUGUGCAGAUAUGUGAGAUCUCAAGUGAAGCAAAGGAGAGCAUCAAGAACUUCCGUUUUAGAAAGGACACUACAAAUGCUGCUUUAAUAUUGAAAGUAGAUCCUGAGUCACACAUGGUCUAUGUGGACGAGGAGCUGAAUGACGUGCAGGAUGUGGACGAGCUGCGUGCGGAGCUGCCUGAGCACCAGCCACGCUUCAUCAUCUACUCCUGCCGCAUGGACCACAGUGACGGACGAGUCAGCUAUCCCAUGGUCUUCAUCUUCUCCACACCAAAAGACGCCAAGCCACAGCUGCAGAUGAUGUAUGCAGGCAGCAAGCUGUCGCUGGUCAAGGAGGUUGAACUCACCAAAGUCUACGAGAUCCGUGAGCUGGAGGAGCUCACUGAUGAGUGGCUCGUGGAAAAGUUGCAAAAGUGAGCGCCGCCAGUGACGCCUGAUGGGUGGAACGUGAAAUGC